GUCAAGGGCGGGAACCAGAGGACGGUGCGCAUGCGUGCUCUGGUUUCCACGGUGACGCUGUGGAGGGCCCGGGGGGAAGUGGAUCUGGUAGGCCCGGCCCGGCUUAGCCGGGAAGCGGGAAGCGGGAACCGUGGAGCGUUGGAGCCGCAGGCCCGAUCGGCUGCCACAGGGAUGGAGCCCUCAGCUGCCGGGGUGUUCUGUAGCAGAAUGUUAAGCAUGGUGAAUCGUGAGGAUGUUAAUGCCAUUGUCCAGGCACAGAGACACAUGCUGGACCGUUUUGAAAAAACAAAUGAGAUGUUGCUGAACUUCAACAACCUGUCGAGUGUGAGACUGAACCAGAUGACUGAUCGAUACCUGCACCACACCCGGGCUCUAGUGGAGAUGAAAAAAGAUCUUGACAGUAUCUUCCGCCGGAUCAGGACUCUUAAGGACAAACUCUCAAAGCAGCAUCCAGAGGCAUUCAGCAGUAUCCAGGAGUCCCUAGAUGUGGAAGAUGAAGACCUUGAUCCUAAUCCAAAGAGCUUGUUACCUCUCUCCGACACUUUAGAACUGAGCUCCGAUUCCAGUAACACCAGCCCGACUUUACUCACGCCCGGAGCAAGUGGGGACUCGGAAGAUGCGCAGGCGACCAAGGAACAGGAUGGACAUGUGCAUCUCAUGACUGAGGCUGGAGGAGAGUAAACUCCAAACAUGUACCUGCAGAAUGUUCCUCCAUUGGGAGGGGGGGAAAGGCAGUACAAAAGCCAGGCCCAGAGACCUACUGAGCUCACAAAGAAGCUUCAGGUGUGUUACUGUUGAGGCCAAGCCACUGGGUUAAUGCCUGUGGGGGAGAAAUGAAUUCUCCUCAACCAUUCAGUGUCUCUCUUGUUCAAUUUAAUUGCAGUGGAUUACUCUGUGAAUCUGAUCACUGUGAGUCCAGAGGUUUACGGUGAAGCUCCUGCUGCAUGGUUGUAAGGAUUUUACGGUGAGAUACAGUUGCUCUUCUGCACUCGCUGUGUGAUUGUAGGAUUUCUGCAGUGUGGAUUUAUGAUAAAAGUGUAAAGUGCGACAAUAAAACGUAGCUGGCAAAGUGGAAUUUUUUUCUUGUUGGGUGUGAGAGGUUAAUGUCUGGAAGCUAAUCAGAAACAUGGGAAAUGCAGAUGCUAGAAAUUACUGUUGUGGUUGGAAUGCAAGAAUGGGCAGAGGGAGAGUGAUUCUUUGUUCAUUCAUUGUGUUUAUUUUGUGCACUAAUGCAACUAAUAUUAGGGAGGUGUAUGGCUUGGCAGAUUGGAUGCCACCAGUUUGACCAACUCUUUCCCCCCCUCCCCCAAUGUUUUAUGGAAAUUGCCACUGGUUAUGUUGCAAAGGAGCCAAGUGCUUCAGUGAAAAGAAAGCUUCAUGGAAUCAACAGGUUUAAAGCAGGAUUCCUGUGUAGGCCUAUUAGUGUUAUGUGCUCAAGCUGAGCUCUUCCAAAGCAAUGAAACACUUGUUUGUAAUUUGGCUCUACUGGUAAGCUCACCCAUUUCAAUAACAUACUGAGUUUCAGGAGAGCAAUUAUUAAAGGUAACCUGCUGACAAGG